AUGACACAGUCUGUCUUUACAGGCGACGACACCACCUACCCCACACAGAAGCAAAUCCGACAGAUUGUGGACGAAAAUUUUGAAGCAAAAUCUGCAUAUCUCGAUGGCUUGAAUCCGAAGAAAAUCUCAGAAAAGCCCGAUUCAACCGCCAGAAAACAACUUCGUCAUAUUCCUUCCAGUAUUCAUCCCGUAAAGACGAUAACAAAUGCUCCGCUUGAAAAAUUUAAUUUUGCAUUGGAAUUUGGCACAACAACCUGUGAAAGCAAAGAUGGAGAUAGUGGUUCGCCGCAAGAAAGUAGAACCACGAACGAAAGAAAUGGAAAUAUUUCUACCAAUAGGUUCAUCAAGACUGACGGUGCAGUUGUUGCAUUUCAACCUCCGCAUGAAAUCGAUAAAUCCUGCCGUGGAGGUACAGAGAACGCGGCAACUGAUGCAGGGGAACUGUUUGAUGUCCAGAGUGUUCAGGAGCAAAAGUGCAAGGCAUAUAGUCAUAAUUUGGAAGGAACUGCUGAUACAGACCAGAUUUUAAGUGCUUCGAACUCCUGCAGAGAUAAGGAUGAAGUGCUCGGUAGCAAUCGACAGAUAAGUGACGAGGUACAAAAUAAUACUCAAAAAUUUGAAAUCUCUAUCUCUCCGGUCAUCAAAAAAUCAUUCAAGAGAUGUCGCAGAAAUAGCGAACCUGAUUUUGGGCAACUUCGUUCAAAAAGGGCUCGAUCCGAAGAACAUGGGCAGUAUCUGACAAAAUUAUUUGCAUCUAGCAGGGAAGAAAUUCAUUCCAAAUCUACCUUCCCACGAUCUUGGUGGUUACCAACGGCCUACGAGAGAUUAAUGAGCCAACCUGAUACCAAGAUCUGCGACCCAGAAACCCAAUGUAUAAUCCUCAAAGAAGCCAACGAAGCUCUAACCACCGCCUGUUACGAGUGGUGUGCCAGGCAUCACCCAACAAGACUACGAGAAAUGAAAUGGUUGCGGCGCUCGAGGGCGCAACUCCACUUGUUUUACCGCAAUGUUGUUCAAUGGGAGAUAUCUAUGAGCACCUUGAUUUUACUCGGAAACCAAAGGACCUCCACUUUCUUAUCGCUGCUCAACGUUGUCGCACAGAUUAGACAUUGCGAUAUCCACGAUGAUAAGGAACUGCCAAUCCAGCUCUUAGAUAUCAUGUUGGAGGAUGCUGUUAGCUUGGCAAUUAUGGUUCGAGAUCCGAAACACACACAAAAGUUGCGGGAUAUAAGGGAUCAUGUCAGACUAGAGGACCCAACUUUUUUUUUAAUGAUGCUGCUGAACUUAAUGAUGUUCGAUCCCGUAUUUGCACCAAAUAUGGGAGGUUAG